AUGGGCGGCGGGGGCGGCGAGGGAGGGGAGGAAGAGUUGGAGGACGAGCUCGAAGCGCUGCUCAGUUCCGGCGCCGGUGGCCAGCGGCGGCGACCAGCGGACGCGGGCGAGAGGGAGAGGGAGCGUGAGCUCAGCAUGUUCCGGAGCGGCUCGGCGCCGCCGACCAUAGAGGGUUCUCUGAACGCCAUCAGCGGCCUGCUCCGCGGCGACGGAGAGGUGGCAGUGACGGCUGCCCCGAUUCCUGUUGCUGAGGCGUUGAACGGGCAUAGCGGCCUCCUCUCGGAGGAGGAGCUCCGGGCCGAUCCAGCCUACCUGUCUUACUACUACUCUCAUGGAAAUCUUAACCCGAGGCUGCCGCCACCGGUGCUGUCCAAGGAGGAUUGGCGGUCAACCCAGCGCCUGAAAUCUGGGGUGGUUGGGGGGAUUGGGGACAAGAGGAAGCCUAUUCAGGAGGAUGCCAGACAAGGGACGGGGACUGCAGUAGGGAGGUCUCUGUUCUCACAGCAUCCUGGUUUUGAGCGGGAUGAGGAAGCCAUGAAUGAUGGGGGUGGUGCUGCAGAGUGGGUGGAUGUUGGAGGAGAUGGGCUCAUUGGUUUAUCACUCGGGCGGCAGCGUAGCUUUGCAGAUAUACUGCAGGACAAUAUUGGCCGCAGAACACCUACUUCAGAGCAUCCCUCCCGCACGGCCAGUCGCAAUUCUUUUCUUGACAAUCAGGAGCCAGUGAAUCCUGCUGAGAACCAAUAUGCUAUGCAUAAUGAUAUUUUGGAUGUGCAUCAUCCUAUUGGAAACAUGCAAAAUGUCAGUGGUCUUCACAACCUUAACACAUCCACAUCUCAAACGUUUGCAUCUAUUAUGGGUUCAUCUGUUUCCAGAAAUGCUACGCCAGAUCCUCAUUAUGCUGCAAGGGUUCCUAGCCCUAGCCUUCCACCUGUUGGUGUUAGGAUCACUUCCAAUGAUAAGAAACUGAACUCCUCAUCGCCAUUCAACACUGUAUCUUCAAAAGCAGUUGGGACUGAUGAUAUUUUAUCUGCAUUGUCAAACAUGAACUUAUCAAAAAAUGGUCCUCAGAAUGAUAAUAACAACAUCAGUCAAUCGAACUUUCAGAGAGAUAUAAGUGAUCAGCAGAAAUUUUCACUUGACUCACAAGCAGCUCAAGUCCAUAAUAAGCAGCAUUCUGUGAUGUUAGAAACUGAUGAUGGAUAUUUGGGUAUACCAUCAAUGUCACAAUCAUCCAAUUCUUCAUUUGCUGACGUUAAUAACAGUGUUGCCGGUCUAGCAGAGUUUAGAAAUAGUACCAACACAAGGUUAGAUGGACAUUUGGAAAUGCAGAGAUCUUCUAAUUUGUCUGCUCGUUCAUACCAGAAGUCCCCAUCUUCUUCUAAUGAAAGCCAAGGUGGUUCUCCUGCUCAACAUCACAGUUUUGACAGUAUAAAUUCAGCCUUUUUGAACUAUGGGCUCAGUGGAUACCCACUCAGCCCAGGAUUGCCUUCUAUGAUGCCCCCUUUGUUUGAGAGUGCUGCUGCUGCAUCUGCUAUAGCCGCACUUGGUGCAGAUUCAAGAAACCUUGGAAACAAUAGUUUAUCUUCACCUACAUUGAGCCUAACUGAUGCACAUAACCUUGGUCGUGGUGGUAAUCAAGCUCCCACAGGUCUGCAGUCUCCUCUUUCUGACCCUUUUUAUGUUCAAUACUUGAAGGCAACUCAGUAUGCAGCACAGGGAGCUGGCAGCUAUGGUGAUCUCUCCUUGGAAAGAGGUUACAUGGGUAACUCAUAUGCUAAUUUAAAUGCAGUUCAAAAAGCUUAUAUUGAAGUCUUGCUUCAGCAGCAGAAACAAUUUGAAAUGCCACUUCUUGGUAAAUCAACCGCUUCAAAUCAUGGGUAUUAUGGCAAUUUGGCUUUUGGCAUGGGCAUGGCAUACCCAGGAAGCCCAUUGAGCAGUCCUGUUGCUUCUCAAUCGGGUCCUGGCAGUCCACUUAGGCUUGGUGAGCGAAAUCUGAGGUUUCCGUCUAACUUGAGAAACAUAGGUGGCUGGAACUCUGAUCCAAGUGGCUACAUGAAUGAGAACUUCCCAUCCUCGCUUUUGGAUGAAUUUAAAAGUAACAAAGCCAGAAGUUUUGAGCUUGCUGAGAUCGCUGGGCAUGUGGUUGAGUUUAGUGCUGACCAAUAUGGAAGUCGUUUCAUACAGCAGAAACUUGAAACUGCCACAGUUGAAGAAAAGAACAUGGUCUUUGAGGAGAUCAUGCCUCAUGCACUAUCAUUGAUGACUGAUGUGUUUGGAAAUUAUGUAGUACAGAAGUUUUUUGAGCAUGGGAGUGCAGAACAACGGAGGGAGUUGGCUGAUAAACUAUUUGGACAUGUAUUAGCUCUCAGUCUUCAGAUGUAUGGAUGCCGAGUUAUCCAAAAGGCAAUAGAGGUGGUUGAUCUGGACCAAAAAACAAAGAUGGUUACUGAGCUUGAUAGUCAUAUCAUGAAAUGUGUACGUGAUCAAAAUGGAAACCAUGUUAUCCAGAAAUGUAUUGAAUGUGUCCCAGAAGAUUCUAUCCAGUUUAUAAUAUCAACAUUCUAUGGUCAUGUUGUUCCAUUAUCAACCCAUCCUUAUGGCUGCAGAGUCAUACAGAGAGUACUUGAGCACUGUGCUGAUCAAAAAACACAGCAAAUAGUUAUGGACGAGAUAUUGCAAUCUGUAUGCAUGUUGGCACAGGAUCAAUAUGGAAAUUAUGUUGUCCAGCAUGUUUUAGAGCACGGGAAGCCUCAUGAAAGAUCGAUCAUUAUUGAGAAAUUAGCUGGACAGAUCAUUCAGAUGAGCCAACAGAAGUUUGCCUCGAACGUGGUUGAGAAGUGUCUAACAUUUGGGGGACCUACAGAGCGAGAAGUUCUCAUAAAUGAAAUGCUUGGGACCACUGAUGAGAAUGAACCUCUACAGGCCAUGAUGAAGGAUCAGUUUGGUAACUAUGUUGUACAGAAAGUACUCGAGACUUGUGACGACCAGCAACGUGAGUUGAUCCUGUCACGGGUAAAGGUUCACUUAAAUGCUCUGAAGAAAUAUACAUAUGGGAAGCACAUAGUUGCUCGUGUAGAAAAACUUGUUGCCGCUGGUGACAUGGAAGACGACGACGACGCCGGCGCCGGCGCCGGCUUCGGCGCGUGCGGCCGCGUGCUCGAGUGGGAGCACGGCCUCCCCACGGAGGAGGAGCUAACGCCGCUCUCGCACCCGCUCGUCCCUCCGGCGCUCGCCGCCGCGUUCCGGAUCGACGUCAGGGGCACCGCCUUCGACUGCCCCGCCUUCGCGCACAACUCCCCCACCUCUCACCUGUCCUUCCGCUGCGACGACGAGGACGAGGACGAUGAGGAGGAGGGGGAGGGGGAGGGGGUGGGGGAGGAGGAGAGCGAGGACGCCACCUCCGGAAGCGGCUCGUGCCGAGGCGGGACUGGGAGGGCCGGGAAGAAGGCGAGGAUGGUGUGGACGCCGGAGCUGCACCACCGGUUCGUCGAGGCGGUGGCGCACCUCGGCGACAAGGGCGCCGUGCCCAAGGCCAUCGUGCGCCUCAUGAACGUCGAGGGCCUCACCCGCGAGAACGUCGCCAGCCACCUCCAGAAGUACCGCAUCUACCUCAAGCGCACGCGCAGCCCCGGAAAGCCGCAGCCUCCUCCGGCCUUCCCGCCGGCAUACGGUUCCCCCUUCAGGCCCCAACAGCCCUCUGACACCUCCAGCCGGAGCGAUUACAGCGCGUCCUCCACUUCUCCUGCCGCGACAGCGAGAAGCUCGAACGCGACAAAGCAGUAA